CAUUCAUCGCCAGAGAGGAGGUGUGGCACCGCCGCAUGUCCGGGCUGUCCGUGGCACGUGGAUGGAUGACUUUUGUGUGAAGAUAAGAAGGAGCCAAGAGUACGUGUAACUUUAUAUGCCACACGUGAUUCCCACAUAAUAGCUAGUCAAUUAAUUCCCAUUGCCUUUAAGAGGCAGACUACCUGUGCUCCUGUGGAACUCGGAGAGGUGCGCUUAAUGUUUCAUGUGGGACACACCGGUACCGACGGUACCUGCGGGACAUAAAUUACAGCUGUGAUUCAAAAGCAGCUCGGGCUGUGGGCCAGUGAUGCCGGACACAUUAACACUUGUAAAGAACCGGACAGAGCCACGGCUGGGGCAGCUAGAUCGCACCCUGGCCACAGAGGGGACCGCCCGCCCCGCCUGGGUCAUCGCAAUCCUGGCCAGUGUUUUGAUCUUCACCACGGUGGUUGACGUGCUGGGCAACCUGCUUGUGAUCAUCUCGGUGUUCAGGAACCGCAAGCUGAGGAACGCGGGUAAUGUGUUUGUGGUGAGUCUGGCAUUUGCUGACCUUGUGGUAGCCUUCUACCCCUACCCACUGGUCCUCUAUGCUCUUUUCCAUGAUGGAUGGGCUCUGGGAAACACACAGUGCAUGGUCAGUGGUUUUCUUAUGGGGCUCAGUGUCAUCGGUUCCAUUUUCAACAUCACUGGAAUUGCAGUGAACAGAUACUGCUAUAUCUGCCACUCAUUCUCAUACAGUCGGCUGUACAGCUAUCGCAACACUUUGAUGUUUGUUGCCUUAAUUUGGCUGCUCACCGUAGUGGCCAUUGUUCCGAAUUUCUUCGUUGGUUCCCUGCGUUAUGACCCACGGGUCUACUCCUGCACCUUCGCCCAGAAUGUCAGCAGUUCCUACACAGUGGCGGUAGUGGUGGUUCACUUUCUGGUUCCCAUUGCUGUGGUUACCUUUUGUUAUUUGCGCAUUUGGGUACUUGUUAUUCAGGUGCGACGUAAAGUGAAGACAGAGGAAAGCCCUCGCCUAAGACCAAGUGACUUACGGAAUUUCAUCACCAUGUUUGUGGUAUUUGUGUUGUUUGCCAUUUGCUGGGCCCCACUUAACCUGAUUGGCUUGGCGGUGGCGAUUGAUCCAUCCCGUGUGGCUCCUCGUAUCCCUGAGUGGCUUUUUGUAGUCAGCUACUUCAUGGCCUACUUCAACAGCUGUCUGAAUGCCAUAAUCUAUGGCUUACUGAACAGAAAUUUCAGGAAUGAGUACAAACGCAUUGUCACCUCAGUCUGGGUGACUCGGCUCUUCGUGACGGAGACUUCACGAGCUGCCACGGACGGACGGAGCAUGAGGAGCAAGCAAUCGCCGCCUCCACCGCUCAAUAACAACGAGUCAGUCAGAGAUCGCACAAACAAAGAAUGA